AAACUGCAACCAAGGUACGUGUCCUUGGCUGGAAUCAAACCCGCGACUCAUGGGUCGGGGGCUGACGCUCUGCCACUGAACCAAACCAGCCAGGGCUGGGCAAGAUAUAUUAAUAGUUGUGUUAGUUUUCUGGGGCUGCCAUAACAACAUAGCUCAGCCUGGGUGGCUUAUUAUUAAUUAGUAUUAUCAUCUCACAGUCUGGUGGUCGGAGGUCUGACGUCAACCUGUCAGCCGAUUUGGUUUCUUCCAAGCCUCUCUCCUUGGCUUGCAGAUGGCUGCCUUUUCCUUGUGUCUUCUGCGUUCAAGCACCCCUGCUGUCUCUGUGUGGUCCCAGUUUCUUCUCCUUACAGGGACGGUGGAGUAGGGCCCACUGUCAUGGCCUCCUUAGAAAUUGAGGACCUCUUUUAAGGCCCUUAUCUCCAAGUCGCAUUCUGAGGUGCUGGGGCUGGGACUUGCGCAUAUGCAUUUGAGGGAACACAAUCCAGCCCUCGACAGUGGCAGCGCCCAUCACUGUACGGCAAUAUCAGGACAGUACUGAGAUGGAGCAGGACGGAGACGGCCAGCACCUGAGAGCCUGGCUUUGGAGCCAGAAGGGAUGAGGCCUGGGUGUCACCUUAGGGGAGGAGGUGAGGGACAGCUUGACUGUACAAGGUCUAAUCUCCAGCUCUCGCCCUCGCCCUGACCCCUGCCCACUGCACAGAAGCCUGAGUGGCCCUUGUAAAGCACAAGUCAGUCUGGGUGCUCCUCUCUCUUAAAAUCAAUAGAGAAAAAAAUUUAAAUAAAGGAGAUACGUCCACUUACUGACUCGCUGACACCCCGAUGCAGGGGAUUUCAGGUUUUUUCCCAGCUGUGUCGCCAGGGCUCAGAAAGUCCCUGACAUAAUAAACCCCGUCUCGGUCAGCUGUUGUCCGUCAUGCUGUGUAAGACCCCUCCCCACACUGGGUGGCUUAUGACAACACACCCUUGGUCAGCUCGCGGUACCUGGGCCAGGCGUGGAAGCCAGGCCGGCCGUGGCUGUUCUCAGUGGGGUGUGGUACACAGGUAGCUACUAAACGAAGCACAUCGAUCAAGUGGAACAGAAGCGGAAAGUGCCCAGACGCAGAAGAGGGAGGCCACUGCUGUCUGGGCAGGAGGCGGUCCGGAACCGGACACCGGGACGGUUCAGGGAUGGCGAAGGGCGGGGCACCUGAGGCCAGUAGCAGCGUACUGAUUGCAAAGUGGCCGGUGUGAAGCGAGUCUGGGGCCGGAGUGCCAGACAGGAGAAGCCACAGAACACGGGAGGAUGAUGGGGCAGGACCGGGCACUCCCGGGAGGUCUCACCCUUUGUCCCGGGCAACCUCCAGAAGCCCCAGGGCAACAACCUCACAGAACAGAGGGGACAGCAGGGUGUGGCCAGGUCAUGCCGAGGUCUCAGAGUUUGCGGCAGGUGGGGGCCUGUCCCAAACCUUCCUCCCCACCGAAUGGUGCAGUGUCAGAGCCUUGGCACACCAUCCGCGUGGCGGCUGUGUGCCCGCUGUCCUUCAGGCAGCGGGCCCAAUGGUGACCAUGCCAAGGUCCUGCCCCUAGAAGCUCAGAGGGCAGGGGGUUUGCAGGUAUCUCAUCACCAGGAAGGAUGUGACCUGGCUCAUUUUUACAGGGAAUAAAUCAGGGGAUAAACUGGCAUCUAGCUGUGGAUGGGUCGCCUGGCACUGGCGCUGUGGACCAGUUCACAGGCCUCCGUGUCCCUGGAAGAGCCGGGGAGCAGCCACUGACCCUGCCAGGCUGAGGCCCACACAAGGGCCCCACAGUGGUAGCCUUGGGGCCAGCACCCCAACAGCCCCACCCACGUGGUGCCCAGAGCGGGGGCCAAGAACCAGGCUUGAGAAGAAAGGCUGCAUCUGGAUAAGCAGAGGCUGUCCUGAGCUCUAAGACGUGAUUCCUCACAUGAUCCCAUCGUGACCAUGUGUCCCGGUGGUGCUCACAGCUCACCCGGCCCUGGGCUCACAACUCCCGGAGUGAGGGCCGCGGUAGCACCAGCCCCCGGGGCCCAGCCAGAGACGCCGCAGGGGCCAGUGCAACUGUGCUGGUGGGGGAUGGAGGAGGGGGAAAGGAGCCCCCUGCUAUCCCAGGACGCUGGAGGCCAGGAACCACCCCUCACUUCCAGCUGCCUGGGUCCAGCGCUCCGGAAGGGACAGACCUGGGAGGCAGGCCCUGGGGGAGGCCAGGCCGCCCCCCUCCCGUGGAGAAGCAGCUGCCUGCAGGGCCUGACCUUUCUGUCGAAUUUCCUCUUCUCUCUGCUCAGCCUGCUGGCCCUGGCCAUUGGGCUCUGGGGCCUGGCCGUCAAGGGCUCUCUGGGGAGCAGCUGGGGGGGCCCCCUGCCCGCUGACCCCAUGCUGGGGCUGGUGGUGGGGGGGCUGGCAGUCAGUGCGGUGAGCCUGGCGGGCUGCCUGGGAGCGCUCUGUGAGAACGCCUGCCUGCUGCGCUGCUUCUCGGGGGGUCUCCUGGCCUUCCUGGUGCUGGAGGCUGUGGGGGGGGCCCUGGUGGUGGCCCUCUGGGGCCCGCUGCAGGACAGCCUGGGGCACGCCCUCCGCGUGGCCAUCACCCACUACCAGGACGACCCUGACCUGCGCUUCCUCAUCGACCAAGUCCAGUUCGGGCUGCAGUGCUGCGGGGCUGCCUCCUACCAGGACUGGCAGCAGAACCUGUACUUCAACUGCAGCUCCCCAGGGGUCCAGGCCUGCAGCCUCCCUGCCUCCUGCUGCAUCGACCCGCAGGAAGAUGGAGCCUCGGUCAACGACCAGUGCGGCUUCGGGGCCCUGCGCCUGGAUGAGGAUGCGGCUCGGACAGUGGUGCACCUGGAGGGCUGCGGCGCGCACCUCCGCCAGUGGCUGCGCAGGAACGUCCGCGCCGUGGGCGGCUGGGCGAUCGCGGUGGUGCUGGUCCAGGCGGCGGAGCUCCUGCUGGCCACCCAGCUGCUGAGGGCCCUGGCUGUCCGCAAGGGGGCGACGGAGAGCUCGGGACCCGGGGCGGGGUCCUGGGCCAAGCCGGCCCGGGGCUGACCCGCAGCUGUGGACCAGCGCCUUGGACACUGCGCUUCCUCCACCUGCUGCGCCUCUGCCCCCAGGGUUCCCCUUCCGAGGGCCGGGCCACCCACCUCCUGCUGGGUUCUGCUCCUUCCCCGAGGCUGGCCGCCACCUGAUUUCGCUUUUUCCCCCUGAAACCACUACUCACAGUGCUCCCUGCCUUGCAAACUGCUGGGAUCAGAGCGAGGCAGAUCCCGGUGCAGCCUGGCAGCCGCGGAGGGUGCCCGCGAGGCCACCUGAGUGAAAUCCUGCUGCCCAGCCUCCAACUCCAACCGCCCGUGCCCACCUCUGACCCCCACGUGUGACCACUUCCUAGCCCUGACUCCAAGGCCCAGCCUCAGACUCCCUCACCCCCUCUGACCCUGGCCUCACAGGCCCGGGCUAAGAGCCCCCCUGCCACGCCCACCUCUAGCCCGAAUGUCCAUCAGACGCCCGUCUCCUCAAACCCUCACCCCCAACCACCUCAGACCAGCACCACCAGCCACAUCCCUGAGGCCCCACGGCCUCACCACAACCUGCCACCUGCCCCCCUCUGGGGCCACCUCCCCCUCUCCUGUCCCUUGUGGUUAAGGGUGAGGCCCAGGCCUCUCCCUCUAGAGGGUUUUUUGGGGAAGGAGUCAACUUUCUCGAGCUAUGUCAUCCAUACAGUAAACUGCACCCAUCUCAA